CCAUUCUAACCGGACCGGUCGAGUUUGUUAAUUUUGAAAUUUCAUUUGCUAUUCGAAGAGUUUAUGAUCAUUAUUACAGUAUAAUCAGAGUACGGUAUUCCGGAGAUGGUGACGGCCAGGAUCACGGCGACGGUGCCGACGGUUCCUCCUCCGGCACCGAAUUUCACCAGUAGAUAUUUGAAAUCCCAUCUUGGAUUUGGCGUUCCAGCCUUUCAAUUUGGUCGGAGAAGCUAUCACUACCCGAUCAUCUUCUCUACCCGAGAAGAUCCGAGCUCUUCGAGCAGAGCCUUGGCCGUUUCCGAAAUCAGUAAGCUCGUGGAGGAGUUUGAUCCGGAGAUCUCGUUGGAGAGAGCAUCGACUCCGCCGAGCUCGUGGUACACUGAUCCUCAAUUCUACCGUUUCGAGCUCGAUCGGGUCUUCUAUGGAGGAUGGCAGGCCGUAGGAUACUCUGAUCAGAUUAAGGAUAGUCGCGACUUUUUCACCGGGAGGCUUGGGGAGGUAGAGUUUGUGGUGUGCAGAGAUGAUAAUGGGAAGGUUCAAGCUUUCCACAACGUAUGCUCUCACCAUGCCUCUAUCUUGGCUUCUGGAAAUGGGAAAAAGUCUUGCUUUGUGUGCCCUUAUCAUGGAUGGACGUAUAGCUUGAGUGGAUCGCUUCUCAAAGCUACUAGAAUGACUGGGAUUGAGAACUUUGAUCUGAAUGAAAUGGGACUCAAGCCUCUAAGAGUGGCUGUGUGGGGACCUUUUGUUCUCCUCAAGGUGGCUCAAACCACACUUAGUCAAGAGGAAGUGGAGACUGAUGGCGCAGUGGCUAUAGAAUGGCUAGGUACUUCUGUGGGGAGGUUGAGCCAAGGUGGAGUUGAUUCCCCGCUUAGUUUCAUAUGCAGGCGUGAAUACACCAUUGAUUGUAAUUGGAAGGUGUUCUGUGAUAACUACUUAGAUGGUGGCUACCAUGUACCUUAUGCACAUAAAGGUUUGAUGUCAGGCCUUGAUCUCGAGACUUAUUCUACAACGUUAUUCGAAAGGGUUAGUAUCCAAGAAUGUGGAGGUGGUUCCAAGGCUGGUGAAGACGGUUUCGAUAGGCUUGGAUCUAAAGCUCUGUACGCUUUCAUCUACCCAAAUUUCAUGAUAAAUAGGUACGGACCUUGGAUGGACACGAAUCUAGUGCUACCGUUAGGACCAAGGAAAUGCAAAGUCGUCUUUGACUAUUUUCUUGAUCCUUCUUUAAAGGAUGAUGAAGAUUUCAUCAAGAGAAGUCUCGAAGAAAGCGAGAGAGUUCAGAUGGAAGAUGUUGUCUUGUGUCAGAAUGUUCAAAGGGGUCUCGAAUCGCCGGCUUAUGACAAAGGAAGAUAUGCUCUUGUGGAGAAAGCAAUGCACCAUUUUCAUUCUUUGCUAAAUCAUAAUCUCAAACUAUGAAACUGCAGAUACCAAAUCAACGGAAAUAUAGAGGAACAUAUAUGUAUUUAGGGCAUGUAGUGAAAGCCUCUUUGUGUAAUUAUAUUGUUUCAUAGUUUACAUUCAUUUGAGGUUACAUGUAUACAUUCAUGCAUUUGAGGACCCAAGUUUAUAUAUUAGCCAAAUUUGAGGUUACUUGUUUACAUUCAUGCAUUAUCCUCAGAAAUUCACAUUUAUUAACGGUUUAAAA